AUGAUCAGUCUGGUAGCUGCAGUGUGUCUGGCGGCGCUGGUCCGGGCAGACCAUUACGACUUUGGAUUCGGGCUCCACGAUUUAGGAGGACAUGAGCAACACCAUCAUGAACAUGUCAAGACCAUCACGCUGACCAAGAAGGUGCCGGUGCCGUACCCCGUCACAGUGGAGAAGAAGGUGCCUUACCCCGUGGAAGUGCCAGUCGACAAGCCGUACCCCGUCCAUGUACCCAAACCGUACCCGGUCUAUGUCGAGAAGAAAGUGCCUUACACGGUGAAAGAAUACGUCCCACAGCCUUACACGGUGUACAAGAAGGAGCCGUUCACGGUCAAGGUGCCUGUCGACAAACCGUAUCCUGUCCACGUCCCCAAGCCUUAUCCCGUGGUGGUGGAGAAGAAAGUACCUUACACAGUGGAGAAGCACGUGCCAUACCCUGUCAAAGUGCCUGUGGACAAACCUUACCCCGUCCACAAGCCGGUACCUUACCAUGUCAAGGUGCCUGUCCACGUUCCUGUGCCGUACCCUGUCCACGUGGAGAAGAAAGUGCUAUACCCUGUCAAGGUUCACGUCGAGCGGCCGGUCCCCGUCCACGUGCCGAAGCCUUACCCAGUGCACGUGACGAAGACAGUGCCCUACCCGGUGAAGAAGUACAUUCCUGCACCUUAUCCGGUAGAGAAGAAGAUACCAUACCCUGUGAAGGUCCAUGUGCCCAGGCCAGUUCCAUACCACGUACCCAAACCUUACCCUGUCUAUGUCGAGAAGAAGGUCCCAUAUCCUGUAGAGAAGCACAUCCCUUACCCAGUCAAGGUGCAUGUCCCUCGACCUGUCCCCUAUCACGUACCUGUGGUGAAGCACGUGCCUUACCCUGUGGAGAAGAAAGUCCCCUACCCUGUGAAGGUACCAGUUGAGAAGCCAGUGCCAUACAAAGUGGAGAAGCCUUACCCAGUUGUAGUGGAGAAGAAGGUUCCAUACCCAGUGGAGAAGGAGGUGCCAUACCCUGUGAAGGUGCCAGUGCACAUUCCAGUUCCUGUCCACGAAGACAAACAUGAGAGCUACAGUCAUCACUACGGAGGAGAAGAAGAAAGCCACAGUGGACUCGGGGACUUCAACAGCUCUGGUCAUGAGUAG